AUGCAAAAAAAAUUAAAGACGAUUUUAAGUAUUGUNAAAAAGUUACGGCCCGUCAACGAACCACAAGUUAUCAUAUCAAGCAGAACAGAUGCGGGAGUUCAUUGUAUAAAUUCCACUGUACAUGUAGAUCUAAAGCACCACAAAACUGCAUUUGACCCGGAGCAUAUAACCUUUGGCAUUAAUAAAUUUUUUAAUAAAGUGAAUGUUCCUGUAAGAAUUCUGAAGACUUUUAUUGUACCAACAACUUUCCAUUGUCGUUACAAUGCAAUUUCAAGAACCUAUUUAUAUAAAUUGGCAGUGAUAAAUAAUUACAAAAAUUCUAUUUUAACGGAAUAUAUUCCAAUUGAAGAUUAUGAUAGAUGUUUAUAUAUAUGUGCUAAGGACUUUGAUUUAGAUACAGCUCAAAAGGCUGCCAAGUUAUUUGAGGGGGAGCACGACUUUAGGAGUUUUAUGGGGCGAGAGACGUUACACCCAAAUAAAGUUACUAGAAGAAAUAUAGAGAAAUUAGAAAUUUAUGAAAAGCCUCUUCCUACUUACAAGCAUCCAUCUUGCAUCUCAUCAACUUUAAACUACAAAUAUUAUGAAGUGGUCGUCAAGUCAACUGGUUUUUUAUAUAAGCAAGUACGUCGAACCGUGGCAUCGUUGAUUGCUGUAGCAAAAGGUAUUGUGACUCCUAAAGAUAUAAAGUUUAUGAUAGAAAUUCCGUCACAUCGGUCGUGGAAUCCUCGAAUUAAAACUGUUGCAGCACAUGGUCUUUAUCUUUGCGAAGUAGCUUAUUUAACGGAGGAUCGACAAAAAUUUAAAGAGAACCUGGAUCCCUAGAUUAAAGUAAAUUACAGUAGGUU